AUGUGCUCCCCGAAUCUGGUAGACAUCGAGAAAUUCGAAGGCCGAGUGCAGCCCGCCGGCGCACGAGCUGCCGCGAACCCUCCUCGCAGGUCCACGCAAGUGCGGGAUGUGCCGCGUCAACUCGGGCUUGCAGAACAGAUUCACGGAGUAUUCAUUGAGCGCGGACGUCAGCGGAAGACGCGAAUCCAGGGCGCGGACGAACGGGGUCUAGGAAUAGCCAAUCAGUGGAAAUCAGCAGAUGAAGCGAGCUUAAUCAAAACCGGGGAGGCUGUUAAGGAAUGUACUCUACGUUCUCUUGCAGUACUCCUUGUUGCGGAACUUCUUGAGUACGUUGGGGCUAUUGUUGACAUCGCCAUCAAGGGUGGCAAAAAACGCACUGGCAUCUCACUGGCCACGAUAAAAAGUCGAGUUUGGAUGGAGAAGUCCGAAGGUGAGGAUGGCUAUACCGGCGUUUAUGACAAGGAUAUAGAGCCGGCCGCCUCCCCUUUCGAAUCUAUCGACGGAAGAGAAGCGACCGAGAUUGAGCUCCGCGCUGUGCUUGCCGGUAGCUUUCUCCGCCAAUGCAUGAACUACAUUCAUGGAUGA